AUGCACGAUCUUAUCCAUGACUUGGCUCAAUCAAUUUCAAGCCCCAAUUGCUGCCAGGUGAAGGGCAACGAAUUAUACAGUUUCUCUGAACAAUCUCGUCACGUGUCCUUGCUCGGUAAAGAUGUCGAGCAGCCCAUGUUGGAGAUUGUCAAUAAUGCUAAGAAGCUGCGCACACUUCUACUGCCUAGUGGCCACUUGAAAACCUUUGGUCAAGCCCUUGACAAAGUGUUUCGUACGUUGCAAUUCAUACGCGGGUUGGAUCUUAGUUCAAGCCAGAUCUCAAAAUUGCCUGACUCAAUCGAAGAGUUGAAGCUGUUGCGCUACCUUAACCUCUCUAGAACAGAAAUCAGUGUCCUCCCCAACUCAAUUUGCAAUCUCUUCAAUUUGCAAACAUUGAAACUCUUGGGGUGCGCUUGGCUUUCUGCUUUGCCCAAGGACUUGGGGAAUUUGGUUAAUCUUCAACAUCUUGAGCUCGAUGCUAUGUUCUGGUUCAAGCUCUCCAUGUUGCCACCAAAUAUGGGGAACUUAACCAGUCUGCACAAUUUGCCCGUAUUUCAGGUUGGCGACAAGAAUGGAUAUGGAGUUGAACAACUGGAGAAAAUGGCCUAUCUUUCAGGAAAAUUGCAUAUCUCAAAUCUAGAGAAUGCAGUUAAUGCAAGGGAUGCCAAGUUGAAUGAGAAGAAGAGCCUUGUCAAGUUGGUGUUUGAAUGGAGUGACAGAGUUGUCAAUACACAAGAUGAAGCAACUGAAAGCAGUCUACUCGAAGAUCUACAACCUCACUCAAACAUCAGAGAGCUCCAAAUUAUACGUUAUAGAGGCAAUGAAUUUCCUGCUUGGAUUCAAGAAGGGCGGCUCCAAAAUUUAGUCAGUCUUACCUUGAAUGGCUGCAUCAAAUGCAAAACCCUCGCUCUAGGCCAAUUACCCAAGCUUCAAGCGCUGUACAUUAAAGGUAUGCAGGAGUUAGAGAAAUGGACGGAGGUUGAAAUAUGCCAUUCCCUUAGCUCGCUAAAGCUUAGUAAUUGUCCUGACCUAAGGGAGUUGCCUAGCAUCUUUCCAAAUUUACAAGUCUUGAAGAUCAAGAGCUGUAAUUCCUUGAGGGCUCUUCCUGUGACCCCAUUUUUGCAUUUUCUAAUACUCAUUGACAAUCUUAUUCUGGAGGAUUGGAAUGAAGUAAAUCUGGUGCUGGAAGAUACCCCUUUCAUUAAUUUGAUAGAACUGAAAGUAACAGGCUGCCCCAAGCUGCAGGCACUGCCAGAGAUCUUCUUUCCACAAAAGCUGGAGAUCAGUCGGUGUGACUUACUGACCACUCUCCCACCACCACCCCACGCCCAACAUCUUCAGCAUUUAGCAGUGGAUGGAUGUCAUGAUGGAGCAUUAGUGAGGGCAAUACCAGAUACCAGCUCCCUAUACUCAUUGGUUGUUUCCAGCAUCUCAAACAUAUCCUCACUUCCGAAAUGGCCCCAACUUCCCGGGCUCAAGGCGUCGUUCAUUCAUGAUUGCAAAGAUCUGAUGUCCUUGUCCAACGGAGAAGAAGGGUCGUUGCGAACCUUGACCUCUCUCAACUUACUUUCCAUCCGAAAUUGCCAAAUGCUCGAGACACUAAAUGAGGAUCUACCCACUUCGCUGGAGUGUUUGAGUAUCACAUCAUGCCCCCUUCUGAAGUCAUUUUCACUGGAGAACCUACCUUCACUCAAGGACCUUUACAUUGAGGAUUGCCCUAUGCUCCAGUCCUUGCCCGAGGAUGGACUUCCCAACUCUCUUAAACAUUUGCAAAUCAAAACAUGUCCCCUGUUAACUGAGCAAUGCCAAAGGGAGGGUGGAGGAGGUCCAGAUUGGCCGAAAAUUGCGGAGAUUCCUGACCUGGAUAUUGAUUCCCAUAUAGUCAUCCCCUCAACAUCAGUACCAAAUUAA